CAGAAGUAGAAUCACCUGAGUGGGGCGGGGCAGAGAGUGCGGGCGCCUUGCGGGCUCCCCUGUGGGCUCCCCUGUGGCCCCUUCCAGGGCACUUGGGCCUGGCAGGGCUGAAGCCCUUACCCCCCCCCAGUCCAGCCGCCCGCCAGUUGAGGUUCUGACGUGCCCGGGGUGUCCCCGCAGAUCCCCGCCCCCCCUUUUCCCGUCCCUGGAUCCCCCUGGCAUGGGCUGGCCCCUGUGGACGCUGCUCCUGGCCCUGGGGCUGAGUUCCCCCGUGGGUGCUCACGCCCGGGGCACUGUGACACCGGCCCAGGUGCCCACGCUGCUGCCCCUGGUUAAGGCGCUUCUGCGAGAAGGCCCCGGGAGACCCCCCAGAUGGCCAUCAAGCCUGGGGCGGCCAGAGCAGUACAUGCUGGAGCUGUACCGGCAGAAUGCCGACCCACAGGGGCACCCACGCGGGAACCGUGUCUUCAGCGCCAACAUCGUGAGGCUGGUGAGGCCGGCGGGCCGCCACGUGCUGCCCCCCCAAGGGCCCUGGUAUAUACAAACCCUUGACUUCCUGCUUCAACCAAACCACAAAGUGGACCAGCUAUUGAGGGCUGCCAUUACCUACUGCCCUAGUCUCCACCUGUCUCGCUCCCAUUUUUCCUGCCACGUGGAACCCUGGGCCCCUGAGAGCACCAUCCUGCCAGGAGGAGGUUCGCCGAGUCUCAUUUUGCCCGAGACCUGGGCGGAGAUGGAUCUCACUAAUUACGUUCGGCAUCAGGUCUGGCCUCAGAAGGGGAGGGGGGUCCUUCGCAUCCAGGUCAGGUGUCGGCAGCGAGAGAGGACGAAAGUUGGCCUUGGGUGGAGGCAGGCGUUGGCCUCCGACACUGCUUUUCUGGUUCUGUAUCUCAACAAUACCUUUAAGGACGUGCCACGAAUCGGGCCACAAGAAUCUCUAGCGGAGGACCCUGGGGGAAUGGAUCCCCUGGCCCUGGCCCUGACCCGGCAGGUCCGUCAGGUGGGCCCCGUGAGACCCGAGAUGCCUCGCCGCUCGCAGGAGCAGACCCACUGUGCUCUCUACCCUUUCCAGGUCAGCUUCUCCCAGCUGGGCUGGGACAGCUGGGUCAUCGCCCCUCGCCGGUACAACCUCAACUACUGCAAGGGGACCUGCCCGUGGAUGCUACACUCUGGCCUCCACUCGCCCAACCACGCCAUCAUUCAGAACCUUAUCAACACCAUGGUGGACAGGAGUAUCCCCCGGUCCUCGUGCGUACCUUACAAGUACACGCCCAUCAGCGUCCUGCUGAUUGAGGCCAGUGGCAGCAUCCUGUACAAAGAAUUUGAAGACAUGAUUGCCGAGUCCUGUACCUGCAGGUGAGCAUGGAAGCCAGGAGGUUCCUGCUUGCUCGUUGCCAUCAAUCUCAAAAAGCAGUGCUCCCUUCACUGAUCCCUGGACUCUGUUCCAGUCUUCACCCUGCCAGGCACGGUCAUUCUUCUUAUAUUUUUUCUGCUCACCUCACUUAUUCCCA